CAUAGGCUGUGCCUAACCGACCCCGUGUACGAAGCGCACCUUUCCCGCGGUGAAGAACAUCUGAAACCAAAGAGCGAACAUUAGUACAACGCCAUGAAAAUCUACAGCCGCAUAAUUUGUUUAAAUCAAAGAUCUAUCUUUAGUUUUAACUUGAACCUAGACUUGGACGAUUUUUUUCUAUAACAUUCCACAAAUUCAGCAAUGGGUUACUCUGGCAAUACUUCUGUGGCUACCAAUGGAAGCGAUCCUUUUGGCAGAAACGAAGAGGUUGCCAAAAUUGAAAUAACAGUUCUUAGCAUCACUUUUCUUAUCGCCGUUAUUGGCAAUAUCAGUGUUUUGGUGGCAAUAUACAAUACCAAGAAAAAGACCUCUCGCAUGCAUCUCUUCAUCAAACACCUCAGCCUGGCUGAUUUAAUGGUAGCUUUUUUCCAGGUUUUACCGCAGUUGUGCUGGAAGAUUACAUUUCGUUUCUACGGACCAGAUUUUCUUUGUAGGAUAGUUAAGCACUUACAAGUGUUGGGAAUGUUCGCGUCCACUUAUAUGAUGGUUAUGAUGACUCUAGACCGUUACAUUUCUAUCUGCCAUCCGUUAAAGACUUUUCAGCAGCCUACACGGAGGUCCUACAUUAUGAUUGGAAGCACCUGGAUCAGCAGUCUUUUUCUAAGCACGCCUCAGUACUUCAUCUUCUCCCUCAGUGAGAUCAAGAACGGGUCCGACGUCUACGACUGUUGGGGACACUUCAUUGAGCCGUGGGGACUCAAGGCAUACGUCACAUGGAUUACCAUCGGAAUUUUUCUGAUUCCAGUUUUCAUUUUAAUGAUAUGUUAUGGGUUCAUUUGCCACAGCAUCUGCAAGAAUAUUAAAUAUAAAACUAGGAAGAGUGUGACGGAGAAUGUGUGUAAGAAUGGGCUCAUUGGAAAUUACUCGGUCAGUAAUGUCUCAACGAUAUCCAGAGCCAAGUUAAGAACUGUAAAAAUGACUUUUGUGAUUGUGCUGGCAUACAUCAUAUGCUGGGCACCAUUUUUUAUUGUGCAGAUGUGGUCAGUUUGGGAUGUGAACUUCCAUUGGGAUGAUUCAGAGAACACCACAGUCACUCUCUCGGCGCUGCUUGCGAGUUUGAACAGCUGCUGUAAUCCCUGGAUAUACAUGGUAUUCAGUGGUCACCUCCUCCAAGACGUCGCGCGUUGCUUUCCGCGCCGCCACAAAAUACGACAAAAGUUCAAAGCAGAACACUCGGACAGCAGUUUACGAAGAACCACGAUACUUAGUAAAAUCCCUACCCGGAGCCACUGUAGUUCGGGCAAAUGGAAAUACAUUGAUAAUUCUCCUAAAUCGAUGCUUCAUUUGUCCAAUUUGCUUGAAACGUAAAUCUUUUUAUUGUUACUUGGCUGAGAAUAAUUUAACGGUGUCACACAAUGAGGACACGUCUUGUAUAUAACUGGAUGAUAUUUACGUUAAAGAGUAAAAUCUAAAGUUAGUUGCGAUAGUUGCGAUCACCAAGUACAAGGUAUUUCCGGUAAUUAAAAAAGGCGACUUAAGCGCAAACACGGUUUAUUCAAGUUAAGUUAAGCCCUUUCACUUUCAUUCCAGUAUAGCCAGGGACGACAAAUCCAAGGUUAUGAAUGUCAUCAUUUGUAAAUUGCAUAAUUGUGUCAGUUAAUUUUGAAUAGAAUUCGCACAAAACACUGCAAGGAAAUAACUAGUGGUAUGAAAUGUAAACAAAUGAACACGGUAUAAUACUACUGUGUGUGAGUUGCUACUCUUUUGUCCUCUGAUAACUGCUCGUUGUUUGUAAGGUUACAUUUCCUCAUCGAGUGUCAGUUGAACUUGGAGCAGCUCUCUCCUUUUCACUCUCCCUCACACAACAUGCUCUUUCAUUCCUCAUCUCACCUAACUGGGUUUUUAAUUCAUUUUUAAUAUUUGCCAUUUUAAUUUCACACAUUUGUUACUUUAAAUUACUCGGUCAGCUGAAGUAAUGUCAGCUACUGUUAGUAAAAACAAUAAUUGUUUAAAUUUGUACUUCAUUCAACUCAAAUAAACCAAGUAAAUCAAAAGUGUUACUUUGAGACACAUUGCAAUUUCAGUAUGUAUUCUAUCUUAAAUACUCUGAGCAUUAUAAUUGUAGUAUAAUCAAAUUAUAUAUUUGCUCAAGACGUUAUAUGAUUUUAUGGGUUUACAGUAGGUUUCAGUAGGUUUAUGGUCAGGAUUUACAGCCCAUGUAUACAAGCUGUUGUUGAUGUACAUAUUGAGUCUAGAAAUAAAUAGCCCAUACAGUUGCAGCAAAUGAAUGGUAUUUUUCUGUACUUCAGAUGUUCUAUAUUUGUAUAAAAAUGUGGUUACCAAAAUGUGUUGUAUCCUAUUUUAGAGGCAUUACAUUGAACAAUAUAAUGCUACUUAAAGUGUUGUUGCUACAGUGUAUGCUGCCAAUGUAUGAUUAUUGCACCACUUGUCAAUAUUGAUAUGUCCAAGUGUGAAAUUCAAUAAACUACAUUUUUUCAUGAAA